GCAGCGCGCCCCCUCGGUGCGCGGGCACAGCAGCCAGGCUGCCGGAGAGCUGAUCUCGGGGAUUCGGGUGCUGAGCUCUUGGCCUGGAGGCGAUAUGGGUGGUCCGUGGCCAGGUUCAGUCGUUUGCAGCCGCCUAGGGAACAGGCCUGUCUGGCCCUAAGGGAGCUCUCUUUCGAAGUGGUGGUACUUGGACGACCUGUUCUCUGCGUUGCUGGGCACCUGUAGGUGUCCCUCGACAGCUCAGUUUUGAGGUUCAAGUCAGUGUGGCCAUGAAGGGGCUGCCUGUUGGGCUGAUGCAGUGACCCCGGAGUCUGCCUCUCCUGCCAGUCCCCUGCCCGGACCAUGUGGCUGCAGCUUGGCCUGCCCUCGCUGUCCCUGAGCCCCACGCCCACAGUUGGCCGGAGCCUGUGCCUCACCCUGUGGUUCCUCAGUUUGGUGCUGAGGGCCAGUACCCAGGCCCCAGCACCCACAGUCAAUACUCACUUUGGGAAGUUAAGGGGUGCCAGAGUACCAUUGCCCAGUGAGAUCCUGGGUCCUGUGGACCAAUACCUGGGGGUGCCCUACGCAGCUCCCCCGAUCGGCGAGAAACGUUUCCUGCCCCCUGAACCACCCCCAUCCUGGUCGGGCAUCCGGAACGCCACACACUUUCCCCCAGUGUGCCCCCAGAACAUCCACACAGCUGUCCCCGAAGUCAUGCUGCCAGUCUGGUUCACUGCCAACUUGGAUAUCGUCGCGACUUACAUCCAGGAGCCCAACGAAGACUGCCUCUAUCUGAAUGUCUAUGUGCCCACAGAAGAUGUAAAGCGGAUUUCCAAGGAAUGCGCCCGAAAGCCCAACAAGAAAAUUUGUAGGAAAGGAGGAUCCGGCGCUAAGAAACAGGGCGAGGACUUAGCGGAUAAUGACGGGGAUGAAGAUGAAGAUAUCCGGGACAGUGGUGCUAAGCCUGUCAUGGUCUACAUCCACGGAGGCUCUUACAUGGAAGGGACAGGCAACAUGAUUGAUGGCAGCGUUCUUGCAAGUUAUGGCAACGUCAUCGUCAUCACCCUCAACUAUCGGGUCGGGGUGCUAGGUUUCCUGAGCACUGGGGAUCAGGCUGCCAAGGGCAACUAUGGGCUCCUUGACCAAAUCCAGGCCCUUCGAUGGGUGAGUGAGAAUAUUGCCUUCUUUGGAGGAGAUCCCCGUCGAAUUACUGUCUUUGGCUCGGGCAUUGGUGCAUCCUGUGUCAGCCUCCUCACACUGUCUCAUCAUUCUGAGGGUCUUUUCCAGAGGGCCAUCAUCCAAAGUGGCUCUGCUCUGUCUAGCUGGGCUGUGAACUACCAGCCAGUGAAGUACACCAGCUUGCUGGCAGACAAAGUGGGCUGUAAUGUUCUGGACACCGUGGAUAUGGUAGAUUGUCUUCGACAAAAGAGCGCCAAAGAGCUGGUAGAACAGGACAUUCAGCCAGCCCGCUACCAUGUGGCUUUUGGCCCUGUGAUUGAUGGUGAUGUCAUUCCUGAUGACCCUGAGAUCCUUAUGGAACAGGGAGAGUUCCUCAACUAUGAUAUAAUGCUAGGUGUCAACCAGGGUGAGGGUCUCAAGUUUGUGGAAGGGGUGGUGGACCCCGAGGAUGGUGUCUCUGGCACUGACUUUGACUACUCUGUCUCCAAUUUUGUGGACAAUCUGUAUGGCUAUCCUGAGGGUAAGGACACCCUGCGGGAGACCAUCAAGUUCAUGUACACAGACUGGGCAGACCGUGAUAACCCUGAGACCCGCCGUAAAACACUGGUGGCACUCUUUACUGACCACCAGUGGGUGGAACCUUCAGUGGUGACAGCUGAUCUGCACGCCCGCUAUGGCUCACCGACCUACUUCUACGCCUUCUAUCAUCACUGCCAGAGCCUCAUGAAGCCCGCAUGGUCAGAUGCAGCUCAUGGAGAUGAAGUGCCCUAUGUUUUUGGUGUCCCUAUGGUAGGUCCCACUGACCUUUUCCCCUGCAACUUCUCCAAGAACGAUGUUAUGCUCAGUGCUGUUGUUAUGACCUAUUGGACCAACUUUGCCAAGACCGGGGAUCCCAACAAGCCGGUACCCCAGGAUACCAAGUUCAUUCACACCAAGGCCAACCGCUUUGAGGAAGUGGCCUGGUCCAAAUACAAUCCCCGGGACCAGCUCUAUCUUCACAUCGGGCUGAAACCAAGGGUUCGCGAUCAUUACCGAGCCACAAAGGUAGCCUUUUGGAAACACCUGGUGCCCCACCUGUACAACCUGCAUGACAUGUUCCACUAUACAUCCACGACCACCAAAGUGCCGCCCCCGGACACCACCCACAGCUCCCACAUCACCCGUAGGCCCAACGGCAAGACCUGGAGCACCAAACGGCCAGCCAUCUCACCUGCCUACAGCAAUGAGAAUGCCCCUGGGUCCUGGAAUGGAGACCAGGAUGCAGGGCCACUCCUGGUUGAGAAUCCUCGAGACUACUCUACUGAACUAAGUGUCACCAUCGCGGUGGGGGCCUCCCUCCUGUUUCUUAAUGUGUUGGCCUUUGCCGCCCUCUAUUACCGUAAGGACAAACGACGCCAGGAACCCCUGAGGCAGCCUAGCCCCCAGAGAGGAACUGGUGCCCCAGAAUUGGGAACUGCUCCGGAGGAGGAGCUGGCAGCAUUACAGUUGGGUCCCACUCACCAUGAGUGUGAGGCCGGGCCCCCACACGAUACACUGCGCCUCACAGCAUUGCCAGACUAUACCCUGACCCUGCGGCGCUCCCCUGAUGACAUACCACUCAUGACUCCCAACACCAUCACUAUGAUCCCUAACUCCCUGGUUGGGUUGCAGACAUUGCACCCCUAUAACACCUUUGCCGCAGGGUUCAACAGUACAGGGCUGCCCCACUCACACUCCACUACCCGCGUAUAGCUCUAGCCCGGAGCGUAACCCAUCCCCCAGCUCCCUUCCCCCCCCCCAGACCCACCAACACACAUGCACACACAUACACAUAUAUGUACACGCACGCACCCACACCCUCCAAGCAGACCCAUCUGCACAAACACAGACAGAUGUGGACAUGCACCCGCAUGUACAAAAAACACAAAGCGGAAGUGAAAACCCGAACAGGCCCUUCAAAUGGGGACACAUAUGAGUCCUUGGUACCAAGGGCCCAUGGAAUAGCAGCUGGAACCAGCUCCCUGAGCCCGACCAUAGACACUCCUGGGGCCCUGGAAGCCACAGCCGAACACCCCCUUGGUGCUCGCCUUCUCAGAACUGCACCGUCUACCAACUGCAGACUUGGGAGCUUUAAAGAGCAGGAUAGCUCUUCCUCCCCCCAGACUUGGUCUUUUCUCUGGGUCUUGUUUUUGUUGAUUUUUUUAAAAAAAAUUGGAACCAAUGCUUUUCCAGCCCAUUGAGUGCUAAGCAGCUGUGGAAGGGAGGGCUCCAAGAUCAGGACUCUCAGGUUCUGGGACUCCCAACGUUCACACAAUCAGACCAAGGAAAAGGACCCUCCCAGACAGUAAGACUAUGGGGUGCAAGACUAUGGGGUGAAAGGAGGAAGAGGCUAGCAAUGAAUGGGGCUGGAGGGCCAUCAAGGACAGAGCACCAACUGGUUCUGCGUCCCCAUAGAGGACUGCAGAGCCUCCAGCGUGGCCUGCUCCUGCGAAAGCCAGCAGCAGCAGCCUGACUAGAGGAGAAUAGGUUUGGUAAACUAAGUACCGUGGGGGCCCUGACCUUAUUGGGCUCCAAGGUACAUAAUCUGGGUUCUGCCUCUGCCCUUGGGAAAAUGGGGAAAUGAUAUCAAAACUUUGCCCCAUUUUCUUUAGUUUCCUUGUGUCUGUCGUUUCUCUUUCUAAACAGUGGAAUUUUUUGUUUGUUUGUUUGUUUGUUUUGUUUUGUUUUUUGUUUUUAUUUUGGUUUGGUUUUUCUUUUUUUGUUUUGUUUUGUUUGGGUUUUGGUUGUUGUUGACCUUUUCUUUUUCUUUUCUUUCUUUUUUUUCUUUUCUAUUUUUUUCUUUUUCUUUUUUUUUUUUUUUUUUUUUUUUAAGAAAAGUUCUUAAAACACUAACAGAAACCCAUGGAGUUUGUCCUUUGUAAAAAAUUUUAAACACAAUGUCUUGAUAUAAAAAUAAAAAAUCCAGUUAGCAAUCCCAACCUGCCUCCCUUGCACAGGCCUGCCCCAACAACCCCUGGAGCCAGGCACCUGCUCAGGCUAGAAGCUCAGUGUUCCAGCAGCCUGCGGCCUCCUGCCUUGCAGCGCCUGCAAGUCUAGGCUGUGCUCUACUUGCCCAGGGCCCCCUGCACAAAGCCUCUCUGAUCCUAAUCAUUUUGCUGUACCAUCCUCCUGCCCCCAGCACUUUGGAUUUCUGCAGCUGGAACCUCUUAACACCUCAGGCCACCUAAUGAAACAGCAAAAAUAAUAUUUCCUUCCUCCUCUGCCACCAGGCCACCACCACCUCCUCCAUGGUCAUCAUCUUGCCCUCAUCGUGGACUGGUGGCUAGGAAGAGGCUUGGCCUCUGACCUGCUGAGAUUCUUUCUCCUGUGGAAAUGCAGUACACGUGGUAUCAGCCUAUGACCUCCUCUGUCUCCAUUGACUUCCAGAAGGGCCACUCUCCUUUCCUCAAGGGAUGCGGGUUUCUUUUUCUGUGAAUUGGAAUAGCAGAAGUCAUUCAAGAUCCGUUUCUCUGGUAGGACUGUCACUAGUGGCUCCCUGACAACUUUAGGGGAUGGAUUCAAGGCGGGGGCCCCAUAGGGUUAGCAUUGUAGGGUUUCUUAUUGUCCUCUGUGACUCGAAGGGCUAAACGUGAAGUCUGCUCAUCAAGUAUGACAGCUGGGCAGGGUUGCUGAUAUCUCAGAAGCCAGGUAUAGAAUUCUUCAAAGUGACCCUGACAAAAUGAGGGAGAUGAGCCAUCAGAAGGCAAUAUGAUGUGCAAAGAGGGGACAAGUGCAAGAUAUUGUAUACAAAUAUCAAAACCCAGAACUAAUACACUAAUGUGUUGCCUGGGACAAGAACAUGGACAAUAGUUGGCUCAACGCAGGAAUAGCUAACAGAAGGGCUGGGAGAAGGAAUACAUGGUGAGUGAGUUCAUGAUUGCAGAAUAGCUUUGGGCCCUCCUUUCUCUUUUUUCCCUUUAUUCUUUCUGAAAUAAAGACACUAGCAUAUAGUAACAAAAACAUCGGGGAUGACCUGGGAAGUAAUCACAGAGUGACUGUUAAAAGAUAAGUCACCCCGGCAGCAUAUAGUCCAACCCACUUACACCUAGAAGGAGGAACAAGAAAGGAAGGACCAAGAUUUCGAUGUUUUCCUUAGCUACAUAGUGAGCUUGAGGCAAGCCUGAGCUACCUGAGGCUCUGGCUGUGUGUGUGUGUGUGUGUGUGUUAUGUAUGCAGGUGCCCUGGAAGCCAGAGGGAGUAUCCAAUCCCCUGGAGUUACAGGUGUUUGCAAGCUGCCAGACAUGCGUGCUAGAAACCUAAUUCAGGUUCUCUAGAAGAGGAGCAGGUGCUAACCCCUAUGCCAUCAUUCUAGCCCCGAGACCCUGUAGUGAAAACAAACAAACAAACAAAAAACAAAAAAAAAAAAAGAAACCAAGAAUUCAACCCAAUAGUUUGUGACCCUGUCAUCAUCCUCUUGGAUUUGCUCUAGUCCUGCACUGGUUAGGAGUCAGCAGCGCUAGCUUUGGUGGACAUAUUUUAAGUGGGUGGGCAAGCAGGGAGGGUCUGGAAAAAAGAAACUCUAGGCCGAAGGCUCUGCUGUUGGGUUGCUUUGUUUGAUUGGUUGGUUUGAUUUUGAUUUGUUUGUUGUCUUUUUUUUUUAAAUUUUGAGAUAGAGUCUCACUAGGUAGCCCUGGCUGGCCUGAAACUUGCUGUGUAGACCAGGCUGGCCUGGAACACACACACAUUCACCUGCCUCUGUGUCCUGAGUGCUGGAAUUAAAGGUGUGCACCACCAUAUCCAGCAAAAUAUUUUCUUUUUAAAGAUUGUGUUUUUUUAUUUUUUUUUUAGAUUUAUUUAUUUUAUUUUAUGUGUAUGAGUGUUUUGGCUGUAUAUAUAUACAUACACACACACAUAUAUAUAUAUAUAUGUGUACGCCAUGUGUGUGCCUGAUGCCCACGGAGGUCAGAAAAGGGAGUUGGAUCCCCUGAAACUGGAGUUAUGGAUGGUUGUGAGCCACUAUGUGGGUACUGAAAAUGGAACCCAGGUCCUCUGCAAGAGUAACAAGUGCUCUUAGCCAUUAAGUCAGCUCUCCAGCCCCAGAUUUUAUUUAUAUGUAUAUGUGUGUGCAUAUCAGAUCCCCUGGAGCAGUAGUUACAGGCAGCUAUCAACCAUGGGUCAUGUAUGCUAGGAACUGAACUCAAGUCCUCUGCAAGAGUAAUACAAUGCUCUUAACCACUGAGCUAUCUCUCCAGCCCCCAGGUUGCUUUUUAUGUUUGUUUGUUUUGUUUGAGACAGGAUCUCUAUGUAGACCUGGCUGUCCUGGAACUUGCUACAUAGACCAGGCUGGUCUUGAACGUACAGAGAUCUGCCUCUGAGUGCUAGGAUUAAAGGCGUGUACCAUCAUGCCCAGCCCUAGGUUGCUUUUUUUUUAAUAUAGAAAGAAAAAAGCUGAUGAGGAACAACCAAUGGUUGCCAAAUACCUACUAUGUAACAAGUGUGCUUUGACCAUCUUCAAUAUGUGACUUCUGAAUAAAGACCGAGCUGUGUUCUUUCAUGGCCUGUGUCCUGCACUCCUUCUGAAGAUGACAGAGUGAAAACAAGACUAAGGGAAAGCCAAGGAGUUAUGUAGGUGUGGUGAGAAGGUUCUCUGGGUACCCUGAAAACCCUUAUCAGUAGCUGCCAAAUGGAAUGACUGUGCUGUGGUUUUCAUCCUCUGAGAGCCUGGAUGAUGCCACCUUUUGGGUCCAUUUUGUCUGUAUUUUCAUGUUUAACCUUUAGUUGCUACAUUUCAGAUAUUCCCAAUGGGGCCCCUCAUAGUAGAGAGACUCUAAAUUAGGAGACUGUUUCAUGGGGUGGGGGGUGGGUGAUUUAGAAAUGGUAUUUCUUCUCACAUACUCAAGAUGCCAUAGCAAAGCAGGGACCCAUCAACGAGAAGUUUCAGUUGGGCCUCAUGCCUUUCAAAGGCCUGGAUGGCCAAGACAGACAGGAUUUCAAGAUGAAUGACAGUCAUUCUUGACCAAUGUGGUUUUAUGGUCUGGACCACAUUGCUGAGCAGCAGCCCUGAGCUCAUGUCCCACAGAUCAUUCAUGUUUAAGUAUAGGGUGCUGGGCACAGCUGUCUUAGGAUCUGUAUUUGUAGAAUGUGUGAAUGGUCAGAGGUUUAAAAUCCCCAUGCAAGAAUGGUAACCACGACUGUAGGGUUAUCCCUGUGCCAGCUUAUAUGACUAUCAGGGGUGAAGACACUCCUCCCAGCACAUACUCAAAGGAGCCAUGCUCAAAGGAAAGCAGUAUGGCCCCCAGGACCCUCUAGCUGCUCAGAAGCACUCUGUGUCACUGUUUGCUCACUAACAGUGCACACAGAGUACUUGCAGAGCACCUGGUGGUGGUUUUUAAAACCCCACAGAAAAUGGAAUGGAUAUGUUCUUCAAGUUCAAGACUUAACUGUUUGGAUGGGAAAAGGUGGCUCCCACAUUGCAGAUCCCACGUUACAAAAUAAAGAUUGCCCAUCCCUGUACAGAGCCAGGCAAAACCAAUCAUUCCCCCCCCCCACACCCUGUUCAGUUCACUCCCUUUAAUGGGGAGAUGGAAAAAGUCCAUGAAGAGAAGGCCAUGGCCACUGUUGCCUGGAAUUAGAUAAGGCAUUUUUGGGACAAGACAGAAAAUUUCAGAAUGGGUAAAGGUAGAUAUGUGCCUGGAGAUUUGUGUCUAAUGUAGGCAAAUCAUUAUGGGAUGGCCAGGAGGGUUUGGUAUAUUUGGUUUGUUUGUUUGUUUGGCUUAAAAAAAAAAACAGCACAGGCUCUUACUAUGUAGCCCCAGCUAGCCUGGAAGUUGCAAUGUUGGCCAGCCUGGCUUUGAACUCACAGAGAUCCAUCUUCCUCUGUUUCUUGAAUGCUGGCUUGAAGCUGUAGGUUUGUUAUAUGUGACUGACUACAAAUGCUCCAAGGUUGGAUGGGUGGAAGUUCUAGGAAAACAGAUGUGGAUUAUGUAUUAAAAUGCUACUCUUUUUUCCUUUAAAAUUUUUUUUUUACUAGUUUAUUGUUCUUGUGAGUUGUUUGGGUUUUCUCUUUGCUUUUUUAGGCAGGGUCUCAUGUAGCCCAGGCUGGUCUCAAAUUGCAUUCUGCAUUGCAGAAUGUGACUCCAGCUUCAUAUCCCCCUGCUUCCACCUCCUGAGUACUGGGACUACAGAUUUGUACCACCAUUCCUAGAUUCUGCAGUACUGGGAAUGGAACUGAAGGCCUUAUGCAUGCUAAGUGAGCUCUGUACCCAACGAGCUCCAUCAGCAGCCCUGCUCUUUCCUUUUUUAAUAAAGCAAAAUUGUAAUAAAAGUUUCAGCUCAUGA